CGACUACGAAAGUUUCCGCCGUUUCUUGGACACCUUCUUGGAAGUACGAACACCGGAAGAAUUAUGCAGACAUUUAUUUCUCUCAUUUGUACGUAAAGGCGUUAGAGUUGAGGGUAAAGCUUUUAAAGAAAUGGCCGUAUUAAGCUCUACAACAGCGUGUGCUCCCAUUACUUCUCAUACUAAAGGUUCCAGCUCUACGCCAAACGUAAACGCCUGUGUUGAUAUUUCAGAGAAGAGUGGUGGUGGAAGUAGCGAAAGAACUAAUUACGGUGAAUUUUUAGUUGAAAAAUUUCAUGGUAUUAGCGAAAAGUUACUGGGGCAUCAUCGAUCGGAUAGCGACACUUCUUCGACUCGUGUCAAAUCAGGAAGCAUUCAUCCAAUGUUAACCAUAACCCAUACAUCAUACUCAUGCAACGAAGUGUUAAAUAAAAAGAGUGCCGAUUCAUCACCAUCUCAUAGUCAAAUGUCAAGAAACUCUUCCAAAAAAUCUAAUAACUCGUUACUUGUUAAUAAUGGUAAAUUAGAAGAAAUGCGACAUAUCGUUAGGAAAGCUAGUACAAUUGACGUCAACUCUGUUAAAGUAUCUCUUAAAGACAUCGUCUGUUAUCUUUCUUUAUUAGAAGCGGGACGUCCCGAAGACAAACUAGAAUUUAUGUUUCGGUUAUACGAUACGGAUGGUAACGGCGUAUUGGAUACGAAUGAGAUGGAUUGCAUAAUUAAUCAGAUGAUGACGGUUGCUGAGUACUUAGGCUGGGAUGUUACGGAAUUAAAACCGAUCUUGCAAGAUAUGAUGGUAGAGAUUGAUUAUGAUGCCGAUGGUACGGUGUCAUUGGAAGAAUGGAAGAGAGGAGGGCUAACAACUAUACCACUGUUAGUCCUUCUAGGAUUAGACUCAAAUGUCAAAGAAGAUGGAAAUCACUUGUGGAGAUUAAAACAUUUCAGUAGACCCGCUUAUUGUAAUUUAUGCUUAAAUAUGCUUGUAGGACUAGGAAAAAAAGGCUUGUGUUGUACAUUUUGUAAAUAUACGGUGCACGAAAGAUGUGUUCAAAGAGCUCCCGCGAGUUGCAUCGCGACCUACGUUAAAAGUAAAAAGUCAGUUCAAACUUUACAGCACCAUUGGGUGGAAGGAAAUUGCCACGGUAAAUGUGCAAGAUGUCGGAAACCUGUUAAAGCCGGCAUCACCGGGCUGCACUGUCGAUGGUGCCAGAUCACGUUGCACAAUAAGUGUGUUUCCCAUAUUAAAGCGGAAUGCGGAUUGGGCGAACACGCAGUGCAUAUAUUACCGCCGACUGCCAUUUGUCCCAUAGUUCUUGAUAGGCAAAGAUCUCUGCAGAAACGCGGGUCGAAGUAUGGGCACGACUGUAACUCGGGUUCUUUGCAAUCAAGCGUAACAAAACAACCACCCAUGUCAUUUCAAGUCACCCCACCACCUAACACUACACCCGUAUUAGUCUUCAUCAAUCCUAAAUCGGGAGGAAGACAAGGAGGUCGUAUAUUAAGAAAGUUUCAAUACAUACUCAACCCUAGACAAGUGCACAACUUGGCGACCGGCGGACCUAUGCAAGGUCUGACGAUGUUUAAAGACGUAUCAAACUUUAAAGUGGUAUGUUGCGGAGGUGACGGAACGGUUGGGUGGGUUUUGGAAACAAUGGACAAAGUCGAGUUAGAGUGCCAACCUCCUGUCGCCGUCAUCCCGCUGGGUACCGGAAAUGACCUCGCGCGAUGUUUGAGGUGGGGCGGAGGUUACGAAGGCGAAUCCGUGCAUAAGCUGCUGCACAAGAUUGCCAGAGCGACGACGGUCAUGCUGGACAGGUGGCUGAUAGAACUCACCGACUCUGAACCAUUGGAACCAAACUCCAACCAGGCCGACUCAAAAAUUCCUUAUAAUAUCAUCAAUAAUUACUUUUCGAUUGGAGUGGAUGCAGCGAUUUGCGUCAAAUUCCAUCUUGAAAGAGAAAAGAAUCCGGAAAAGUUCAACAGCCGCAUGAAGAACAAAUUGUGGUACUUCGAAUACGCAACUUCAGAACAGUUUUCCGCCUCCUGCAAAAAUUUGCACGAAAACGUCGAAAUAUUGUGCGACGAUGUCUCUCUAGAUCUGGCCAACGGUGCUCCUCUGCAAGGUAUAGCCUUGUUAAAUAUUCCUUAUACGCACGGAGGUUCGAACUUAUGGGGCGAGCACCUCUCAGGUUCAAGACGGAGAAGAAGCAAAAAGAGAAAAAAGAAACAGAAGGAAUUGAGCACUAGCAGCUUUAACUCUGUAGAUCUGAGCGUCGCAUUGCAAGACAUUGGCGAUGGUUUGAUAGAGGUGAUCGGCUUGGAAAACUGCUUGCACAUGGGACAGGUUAGAACGGGUCUGAGAGCAAGUGGGCGCCGAUUAGCCCAGUGUUCGUCCAUAGUAAUUAAGACUAAAAAGACAUUUCCCAUGCAGAUAGACGGGGAACCGUGGAUGCAGCCGCCCACUACAGUACGUAUCACUCAUAAAAACCAAGUACCAAUGCUUAUGGCACCACCUCCCGAAAAAGGUAAAGGGUUUUUCAGUUUUUUCAGAAGAUAGACUCUUCCAGUUUUAUACGUUAUCCAUAAUCUGUUGUUUAUUUCAUCACGACAAUAAUGGAGUUGUUAAUUAUGUACCUAUACUUAAUCUGUAUAUGUUGAAAAAUUUCUUUAUUUUUCGUCUUUUCAGUAUUAAACCUUGGUUAAGUAUCUUAGUCGUCGCGAUUAUACUAGAUUUUAUCACUGUUCAGCAUUUUGUCGAUGCGUUGUUUAUUGGAAUAAUGUGUGCUGCUAUACAAUAAGAUACAAAGUGAGGUAUAGUGUAGAUAUUUAUUAAUGUGCGAAUAAUAUCUAGCAAAAUAGGGACCAUACUGCUUAACCGCCUAUCCAACGUCUUAGAAAGUUGUAUUCCUUCAGUUGCCUUUACAUUGAAAUUCAUUGCUUUCCUUUGAAUAUAAUUAUUAUAUUAUAUAUAUGGAAUAAAUGUAUCUAAGCGAAUGCUGUGAUGUUAUAUAGAAAAUGAAACAACUGGAGUUUGCCGAGUGCUCUUCCCCAUUCAAGCGAUGGAGAAAUACUGCUCGAAUUGGCAUCGAAUUUUUUUGUGGUAAUGAGUUAUCUUUUUAUACGUAAACUUAUUACAAUUUAUAUUUAUACAUUUUUUUGGAGUGCCCAAAAAUUACAAUGGAGCAUGAAUUUCAUUAUAAAAGCAUAACAAAAAACUACAAGUAAACAUUAUGAUCAUAGUUACGCAUUAAGUACUGCAAUUUCCACCGUUCUAUUGUAAAGUAGAUUUAACGUACAUUGGUAGGUAUAAAACGAAGUGCGACGUACAAACGUUUGCGUACAUGCGUAUAAAUAAAAUUUAUUUUAUAAAGAAGUACUUUUAUGUACGUAAUAGUCAUUAAGUAAUGGGUACUGUCUCGUUAGAAGUAGAAAACGAAUAUGAGUAGUUUAUAAGAAAUCUGAUAUUUUACAAGUUUUUGUUCUAUUUUUAAAGAAAUAGAAGUGUAAAACAGCAUCAGCCAUUUAUAAAUUAGAAAACGGUACCUACUCAUAUCCUAAACGUGUGUAGGGGAAGUUACUCAAACUAGAGAAAUAUAAAAGUUGAAUUGCUUUUUUACACUUCGUAUUGUAUUUGAUAUAUCAUUAAAAUAGUACUGCCACUUAUCAAGUGUGGUUUUGCUAUAGAGCUUUAAUUGUGUAUUAUAAAAGAUUAUAUAAUAGACUAAUGAGAAAUUGAAUGAAUGUAUAUGCCUUCACUGAUUCUAAUGUAAAAAGAGAUGUUUGCUUUUAAUGUCCAUUUUAUAUUUAGUACUUACUGACAUAGUGACAUAUAUUAAGCCAUUUUUGUUUUUAUACAAUUUAUGGCAUAUAGCAUAUAGAUGAAUCGUCCAUCCUAUAAUUGCCACUACUUUUCUGUUACAACUUUCGUA